CACCUCUUUAGUCUCAACGACAAAGGCGGAAAGUGUUUUGUCUGUAGUGAGAAUGCGUGAGGGAGAGAAAGAAAACGGUCCUUUUUGCCGUUUUGGUGAUCUGCCAUUUAAGGAGGAGAAAGGAAGGAGACCGCAGGAGGAAGGAAGGAGCUGUUUGCAAAGAUUUAAGUUGGCUCUCAUU